AUGUCGGACGAAGAGGUCGCACCCCCGAUAACCGAACAGGUCGAUGGCGGCGAGGCGCAGGAGACGGCGCUGACGACGACCAGCACCGAAGUCGCGGCGCCGACGGAGAGGAAAGUCAAGAAGAUCGUCCGCAAGAAGAAGCGCCCGGCGCGGCCCCAGGUCGACCCGUCCUUCAUCACGUCGGAGCCGCCGCCGCAGACGGGAACCAUCUUCAACAUCUGGUACAACAAGUGGUCCGGCGGCGACCGCGAGGACAAGUACCUGUCGAAAACCCACGCCAAGGGCCGCUGCAACGUCGCCAAGGACAGCGGCUACACGAGGGCCGACCAGGUCUCCGGGAGCUACUUCUGCCUCUUCUUCGCGCGCGGCAUCUGCCCCAAGGGCCAGGACUGCGAGUACCUGCACCGGCUGCCGGGCAUCCACGACAUGUUCAACCCGAACGUCGACUGUUUCGGCCGCGACAAGCACUCCGACUACAGAGAUGAUAUGGGUGGUGUUGGCAGCUUCAUGAGGCAGAACCGUACGAUUUACGUUGGAAGGAUACACGUCACAGACGACAUCGAAGAGAUCGUUGCGCGUCACUUUGCGGAAUGGGGUCAGAUCGAACGAAUUCGCGUACUGAACACCCGCGGAGUCGCAUUCAUCACAUAUACAAACGAGGCGAACGCCCAAUUCGCCAAGGAGGCGAUGGCGCACCAGUCCCUGGACCACGAAGAGAUCCUCAACGUCCGCUGGGCAACCGCGGACCCAAACCCCAUGGCCCAAGCACGCGAGGCGAGACGUAUCGAGGAGCAGGCCGCCGAGGCCAUCCGACGGGCGCUUCCGGCAGAGUUUGUGGCGGAGAUAGAAGGCAAAGAUCCGGAAGCGAGAAAAAGACGAAAGAUCGAGAGCAGCUACGGGCUCGAAGGUUACGAGGCGCCAGACGAGGUUCACUUCGCUCGCGGCGCGAAUGCCGUGAACCCAGUCGGACGGGAGGGCUUCGAAGUGGAAUAUCAAGAACGGCCCAUGAUUGAGAAUGGGGAUGGGUCAAACCAGAUGCAGUACCAGGCUCUUCCAGCACCACAAGCGCAGCCGAUCCUGUCUGGUGGCAUCUUCUCCAGUAGCACUCUUGCAGCUUUGAACAGUGCCAAGGUGGCUGUGGCAUCGAAGCCCAAACCCGCCGCGUCUGCGGGACCAUUAGUCGCAUACGACAGCGACGACGAUGACGAGUGA